AUGCUUCAAAGAGAAGGCUUUGUCGUCGCCGAUAUGAGUGCGUCGACGCCCUCGCCCUCGCCUCUUGAGCGCUCCAGCUGGAAGGCUGAGGCUAUCAGAAGAGGGAACUUAAAAAUUAGCGGGCCGAUCCCUAUUACCGAGGAUGUGCCGUUGAAUGAAGAGGAAGAGAAGGAGUACGCGGCAAAUGGCGCGCUGGACCGGACACUGCAGCCGCAGGACGCGCCAGAAGAGCAGUAUGAAAGGCCGCAAACCCCGCCAAGACCACUUCAGUCUCCUCCGCCUGUGCCUGAACAGCAUAUGUCAGCCUUGCGAUCAAAUCCCGUGGGAGAGCAGCAGCAGCCGCAGCGCGAUUCGGCUGUUCCCGAGCGCCCGAUUUCCUCGAGAUCUCCACCAAAAGUCCGACACUUUGACGAAGGGCAGCGCGAAAGCAUUGUGCCAUCAACUUCGAUCGCUUCCCCGUCGCCGUUUCGCUCAACGCCAGAGAGCGCCGGUAAAGCUGCACAGAAGAAGAACAAGCGCAAGAGCGGCCUCAGAAAUGUAUUCCGUAAGAUGUUCGGGCGAAAAGGCCCGGACCGAGCGGACGAUCUGGAAGAAGAGCCAAUGCAGCGUGGCCACAGCUACCACCAUAGUGAUACUACCAUGCUGAGAUCAACACCACCAAGAGAACCAAGGACACCCCCGUCCAAUCCUCGGAUAUCUGAUCUGCCAGUGGAGGAGCUACAGCCAUUACAUCCGCUAGGCCAACAUCUCCCGUACCCCAUGAACGUGAAUGCGCCGCCGGCAAGUCCGCCGAAAGAGUACCUUACAUUCGAUACGGACAGGCCGGAUCUCGGUCGCCGAAGAGCCACGCUGCCCACUGUACCAAGUGCCAUUACUCAUCGACACAGUUUCGACGAGCCUCGGGAAAAGCUGGCAGCGUGGGACGAACAGGCUGAAGAAGAUGAGAUGUCACCCGGUAUCGGUAUCGCACUGUCCAGUCCGACUCAAACAGUAACGUCCAAACACGACAGACGGAGAUCAAGAAGUGCAGAUGCUCUUCAUAAUCUCGCAAAAGAGCGCGCCUCGACGGAGAGAGGCAGGAGUGCGGAGAUCAAGUUCUGGAGGGAGAGCUACAUGUCCGGCAGCAUCUAUAGUAGACCGCAAACAGCGAAGACUGUAGAGACGGUCCGCACCGUGCCGAUGCAAGAGCCCAUGAUCCGAGAACCAGACAACGAGUCGUUCAACGAGAUGAGCGCGACGCUCGUUCAAGCGGACGAAUCGCAGACCGCGACGCCGAUUACGGAAGAGCCAAACCGCGAGCAAGAACGUAGUGUUCAGCCCCCGGUCUCAGCCUUCAACUUCGGUGACCUGAAGAAUGCGUUGUUCGGACCCAAAGAGGAAACCAUCCCAGAAUCACCGCAAGUCCGAAGCAUUUCGCCGCCGCCUCCGCCACCAGCGAAGAGCCAACAUCGCAUACCCAUUGAGGAUCGCGUUCAGGAUCUUGAAUCCAGGUACUCCAAUCUCGAAACACUCACCCGCCGAAUGUCAUCCCGUAACAACCGACAAACCAUCAUCCUCGAAAACGCACCUCGCAACCUGCGAUCAAGGAACCGGAGUUCGUCCGCAUCUGCAUCGCGCUCUCACUCAAGAUCAGCACCGAGCAUUCAUCAAGAGCUCAUCGUUCAAUCAAGUAGUGAGACCCUUGAGCCUGAGCCUGCGCCUGGUUCCCCAACGCUUGCCGCACCUCCCGUUCCUCACACUGGAAGCAACGAGGAGAAUGCGCGAGCGCUGCGAAACGUCUAUGAGGCGCUCAGACACGAGAGGAGCGCGAGGAAGGCCUUGGAACAGCAGGUUCGCACUCUCCAGCACGAUGUCUCGGAUUUGCAUGCCCUGGUGAACAAGCUCAUCGUUUCGGCGACUGCCACAUCGCCAUCGUAUCCUACUCCUUCGCCCGACACCUUGAUUAUCUCGCGUGAAGGCGAUCAGCGGAUAAGCUGCUCCACACCGCGAGCACCAGCGCACGACCGGAAUGUCGUCUACGGCCAGACCAGCCACGACAGGAACCAGCGCUGGGCCAACGACGACGCGAGCGUCUACUCUGAAGACCUGGCCCGCAAGCCGAGCUACGAUGAUGUCUCGCCAGAAGUGUGGGCCACGCCGAAGGAAGAAGGGUUCGAUGGGAGUGGCUUCUUCCAUGGCGACGACCGGGUAGGAGCAUAUGCUUGA